GUCAUUAGGAAUGUUAACGAGGGCGAUGGGCCUCAUUAGGAAGGGCCCCAUCCUAGCAUUAGCAUCCUAAUUUGUCCUGCCCGUCGCGCUCCCCAUUUCCCAGAAGGAAGGGGCUGCCUGUGUCCUCUCUGCAGGAACCCCACACCUGUGGAAGAGACCGAGAGAGAUGGACGGCCCGGCCGAAGGAGGACCUGAGGGGCAGAAGGAAGUGCCGAGACCCCGGUCUCCCCCCUUUCCUCCGCGGGCUCCCACGCCCCCGCCGCCUCUGUCGCCUGGCUCCGUCCUCGGAGUGUCCCCUCUGCCCGUGCCAUCGGAACUGGGUGCCCGCCAGCUGCUGCUGGACGAGUGGGGGACCUCCGGGGCGGAACUGAAGCUGCCGGAGGGGCUCAGCUGGAAGCUUCUCUACGUGCAGAGGCCCCUCUACCGCAACCUGCUUCGCUCACCGAACCCCGAGGGCAUCAACAUCUUUGAACCACCACCCCCCUGUGGUCCUCCUCGGCCCCUGGAGACCUUGGGUAACUUCAGUGGAUGGCAGAUCAGCACUGAGAAACUGCUCCCCAGCUUCAGCUGGACGGUGAAGCAACAAUGUAUAGACCUUCUGGCUGAGGGCUUGUGGGAAGAGCUGCUAGACAGGCAGCAGCCAGACAUCACCGUCAUGGACUGGUUUGAGAACAGCCACCUGGAUACGUAUGUGUACGAGCUCCAUGUCUGGCUCCUGGCGGCAGACAGACGCACCAUCAUCCGGCAGUACCACAGUGCUCCUCGACCCUCUCCAAAGGACCCAACUGGACACUGGUGCCAGGUGUCUCACGUAUUCAAAGGCUAUGGCCCAGGAGUCCGGUUCAUCCACUUCCUGCACAAAGCGAAGAACCGUAUGGGCUCUGAUGGAUUCCGGAGAACUCGAGUGACUGACUCCUCAGUGUCUCUGCAGCUACGGAAUUGACCCGUCUUCCCCCUCCAUCCCUAUCCCAGUGCUCUCUUCUUCUCUACCACCCCCUCCAUCCAUCACGUAGACAUACAAGGACCCUCCCGCCUCCCCAUGUAAGGGCACCUUCCCUCCUCCCAGGUGUAUCUCUGAGCAUUCUCAUUUUAGCCCAAAUAUUUUCUCAAGAAACCACCAUCAGCCCAUCCCAGAUUUCUCCACCAAGGGACUCCUCAUCUUCUCCUAAAACCUUUAGGAAUCCCCCAAAGCCCCCUGAAUAGCCUCCCUAAGGGUUUAUCUCUCCCAAACAUGGGGGGGGGAGGAGGUUCCAAAAUAUCUUCUCAAAUAUACCCUGGAAAUCCUGCCUUUUCUCCCCUAAAUGCCCCCUCAGAGCUCAUUUCCUCCAAAAGAGUAUCCCCUCAAGGGUCCCCAGGGCUCCCCAAUUACCCAAGGAACACUCUAUUUCCCCCCAAAAUAUAUCCCCAUAAAGUCCUCUCUUCUCCCAGAAAAUGUCUCUUCACAGUGACCUGCUCAUCGUUCCAGAAUCCCUUUGGGUAUUCUCAUCUCCUGAAAAAUCCCUGCAGACAUGUAUUUCCCCUAAACAACUCCCUGGGGAAUUAGUCAUCUCCCCUCAAAAUCCUUGCCCUAAAUAUAUUCCCAGGAGCCCCUUGCCUCUCUGAGAUCUUCCCAGAACCCCCAAUAUCUCUCUAAAUACCUCUCCUAUCCCCAGCUAGCCUCCCUAAGGGUUCCAGAUUUCCCCAAUAUCCGCUGAGGACCCCUCAUCACCCCGACAUAUCCAUUAGGGCCACCAGCCUUCCGCAGAGAUCUCUGUGAGGGAUGCAUUUGCAGAAUAAGUGUUUGCUCAAGGAUUUUUCCCUGGAGCUCUUGGGAGGGGGUCCCCUUGGGACUCCCCAAUGCCUCACCUCAUCUCCUACCCCAUAGAAAAACCUAGAUUAAAAUGCUUUGAUUUGA